AUGUGCAGACGCGAUUUCCAGCGUCGCGCUGCACUGGCUCGGUUCAUGGAGGAUCUCUACGGGAGUGAUCCAACCCAUGCCCAGUACUUGAUUAUCCAAACGCAAUUUAAUAUUCAUCCUUUCCUUUGUUUUGCUGUUUUCCAGCAGAAAGAAUUUCCUUGCAACUUGCUUACUGUAAGAGUGAUACGAAUGAGAAACCUUCGCCAAGCUGAUCUCUUAAGCCAGUCUGAUUGUUACGUGACCCUCUGGUUACCUACUUCUUCAUGUGAAAAAGUGCGGACCAAAACUGUUAAUAAUAGCAAGAACCCUGUUUGGAAUGAAACGUUUUAUUAUAGGAUUCAAAACCAAGUCAAGAAUUUGUUAGAGAUGUCUGUCUUUGAUGAAGAUCUUUUCACUCCAGAUGAGCUCCUCUUCACUAUAUCCUUUGAUGUUGCUCGGCUUCCACUUGGUGAAAGAGUUCUCAUGUAUUUUAAGUCUGAACCACAGAAACAAGAAGAGCUGGAAAUUGAAUUUUUGGUGGAGCCUGCGCCUGGCCCACCUGAAACCAUCAUAACAAAUGGCGUCCUAGUGGUAAUUUUUUAUUUCUGCAAUUUAUCAAUGCUGAUAAUACCUGUUGGGGACAUUGGUUAUGACGAGCGCCAACGACUGCUGGACACAUCACGACUAAUAUGCUCCACGAUGGUUAUCAAGAUUAUACCUCAACGCAGGCUUCAAGGAAGGAAACGAAGGCGCAAAAUCAACACUCAAGUCCUUCAAGAUCCCAUUAAGCGGGAUUGCUUCCAAACAACUCUUAAGGACCACCUGCUUCUAUGUCGUGAGGUUUGCGAAUUGAAAGCAGAGGUGGACCAGAAGAAGCCCCGUAAAUCAAAGAAAGACCUUGCGCUUUCAGUGAAAGGUUCCUGCGAAGGCACUCACUGUUUUAAGAUGGGUUCGGAUGCUCUCAUUAUACCGCCAUGCCCAACUACGUUCCACUAUGUCAAGUACAAGGAUCCGGCAAUGGACAUUAUGCUACCAAAGAAGACACACUAUAAUCCUAUUACCUGUUCUUAUAGCACCAAAACCAACGUUCUACCUGUCAUGUUGAAUUCCCUGCCCAUGGGAGAGAAAGUACCAAUAGUGGAGAAGAAAAAGUACAAUUUGCACGUGCAAGUAGAUGACUGUCAUUGUUCCUGCCCAGCAGACCUCGAUGUGCGCUUGGGAUAUGACAUAUGCCCACAGGAAGAAGAGUUCUUAUACAAACGGAGGAGAUAUGUUGCUCAGGCUCUGAAGCAGGUUCUCCAACUAGAUUAUGACUUGCAAGAUCAUGAGGUUCCAGUGGUGGCAGUCAUGACAACAGGAGGUGGGACAAGGUCAUUCACAACAACAUAUGGCUGCAUAAGGGGCCUAAAAAAAUUAAAUCUUCUAGACUGUGUAACGUACAUGUCUGGCUUGUCUGGCACUUCGUGGGCCAUGACACACCUGUACAGAGAUGCUUAUUGGUCCCAGAAAGAUCUUGAUGAAAAAAUAAAUGAGGCUAAGAAACAAGUGACCAAGAGCAAGAUGGAGAUGUUUACCAUGGAGCGCAUUAAAUAUUAUUAUCAACAGCUGAGUCAACGGAAACAAGAAGGAUACAAUACAACAUUUAUAGAUCUCUGGGGGCUUGUCAUAGAGUAUUUGAUAAAUGAUGGGAAAGAUUGCCACAGGCUUUCAGACCAGAGGGAAUCUUUGACAGAUGGACAGAAUCCAUUGCCCAUCUAUGUGACCAUCAAUAUUAAGGACAAAUACAGUACUCAAGAUUUCAAAGAAUGGAUGGAGUUCACUCCCUAUGAGGUGGGGUUCCUGAAAUACGGAGCAUUUGUGCCUUCAGAAAACUUUGGAAGUGAAUUCUUCAUGGGCCGCAUGAUCAAGAAACUUCCAGAAAGCCGAAUAUGCUAUCUCCAUGGUAUGUGGAGUAGCAUAUUUUCUUUAAACUUGUUGUAUAUCUGGAACAGAGUUAAUGAUUCAGAGGAAUUCUGGCACAGAUGGACUCAAGACAAGUUAAUAGAUAUUGAGGAAGAGCCUUAUUUACCUACAAGGCCAUAUGAAAUAAGGAGCCAUAUGUACGUCCCAGCCGGAGAACUUGCCAAUAAGCUCCGAGGGGUCUUGACUGAUCGCUUUUCUGUUGCCCAAUAUCACAAUUUUCUGAAGGGUUUUCAGAUGCAUAACUACUACUUGGAGAAUGAAAAUUUCAAUAGAUGGAAAGCUACGGUGUUAGACGGAUGCCCAAAUCAACUAACGGAACAUGCAGACUCUAUAGGACUGGUGGACGCUGGAUUUUUCAUCAAUACAAGUUGCCCACCACUUUUAAGGCCAGAGAGGAAAGUUGAUGUCAUUGUGCAUCUGAGUUACAGCGCAGGCUCACAAACACUGCCUCUAGAGCAAGCUUGCAAGUACUAUAUCCAGCAAGGUAUCCCAUUUCCACAUGUUGUCCUUACGGAAGAAGACAAGAAACAUCUAAAGGAAUGCUACUACUUUGAUCAAUCAGAUGUCCUUGGUUGUCCAAUCCUGGUUUUCUUCCCAUUAGUGAAUGAUACCUUCCAUUACAAAGCACCUGGCGAGAAACGCGAUGGUGAAGCAGAGAUGGCUGCAGGAGAUGUUGAUGUUUCCACCUGGAAGACACCAUACAAUACUUACUGGCUCACAUACAGCGAUGAAGAUUUUGACAAGCUAGUAAACCUGAGUGAAUACAACAUCUUGAAUAACGAGCACCUGAUUCUGCAGGCUUUGCGUUCUGCUGUAGAACGGAAAAGGCGGCAUUGAUGGAGACAGUAUAGAUUGACUGGGGAGCUUGUGGGGAAGGCAGAAGAUCAAGUAAUGGUUGGCUACAGUUACUGAUUAAUCUGGAAUUUAU